AUGUCUUUAAAGGCAAUUGUGUACGUUCGUAAUCCACCAUCACUUGAAAUCUUAAAUCAACUCCUCCUUCCACAUGAAACAGUAUAUGAAUCAAUAACUACUGUUCAACAGGGAUACGAACAAAUCAAUCAAAUGAAAGUUCGUGGUGCUCCUGCAAUAGGAAUCGUUGCGGCGUUAUCGCUUGUAAUAGAUCUUCAACUAAAACUUCAAACUUUUAUCAACAAUCCCAACGCAUUAGACUCUGAAACUUUAAAUAUCUUGAAUUCUCCUUUAUUACUUGCCACUUUUGUUCGCAAUUCGUUAGACCGUUUAAAUCAAUCACGUCCAACUGCUGUAAACUUAUUUCGAACCUCGGAUAUUUUAUGGGAUGUUACAAAUUCUGGAAUAAAAAAAAAUUUUGAUUCAAAACAAAUUAUUGAAUCUUUGGCAGAUACUGCUGAACAAAUGAUGCUUAAUGAUUUAAAAGAUAAUAACAAUAUUGGAAAGUACGGCGCUGAUUUCAUUUUAAAGAAUAGUGAUAAGAAGAUCUGUGUGGUUACACAUUGCAAUACUGGUUCUUUAGCAACAUCUGGAUAUGGCACUGCUCUUGGUAUAAUUCGUCAUCUCCAUGCUCAAGAAAACCUCUUACACGCUUAUUAUACAGAAACACGUCCUUAUAAUCAAGGUUCACGGUUAACUUCCUAUGAAUUAUUACAUGAUAAAAUUCCCAGCACCCUAAUUUGUGACUCAAUGGUAUCCGCCUUGCUUUCUUCUCAUGCUUUUAAUUCUUCAUCUAACAAGGUGGGUCAUAAAAUUACUGCAAUAAUAGUUGGUGCUGACAGAGUUGCAAAAAACGGCGAUACUGCCAACAAAAUUGGUACCUAUCAGUUAGCAAUAACCGCGAGAUAUCAUAAUGUGAUGUUUAUUGUAGCCUCACCAAGUACGAGUAUUGAUUUAAAUAUUCAAAAUGGACGUGAUAUCGUAAUUGAAGAAAGAAAUGAAGAUGAAGUUGUUUUUAUUGGUGGAUUGUUAAAACAAGAUGGAAUUGAAAAAAAUCAAAUAAAAAAAGUUAGAGUAUCACCUGAAGGUGUUAAAGUUUGGAACCCAAGUUUUGACGUGACACCAGCCGAGUUGAUUACUGCUAUUGUUACGGAGAAAGGUGUAGUUGAAAAAGAAGAAGGAAUGAAAGAAUUUGAUUUAGAAAAAUUUUUGUUGGGUUAA